UUCAGACCAGACUUGUUGAUCUCCAUUAAGAGACAGCACAAGGAAAGAGAGGCGCUUUCCUUUGUAUCUUCAAAACGAGAAAAUGUGGCUCCAUCUUGGAAUGUAGACGGGGGCGGAGGGAGAGAGCCUCAUCCAAGUGCAGGCCUUGGGAAGCUGCUUGCAAAAGGAUCCUGGGAAUAAUCUGCAGCUUUCCGGCGUCUGUGGACCCAUUUGCCUUGCUUCCCUUCCCCAGCCCUCCCAGCACUGGGGUUCUUGGACAUACUGGAAUAUUACUGUGAUCUCUCUGCCCAAGGCUUCCAAGGAGCCAGUGCAAGCGGCCUCAGCUUGCUGAUCGCUUUCUGGCUGAUGCAGGAUGUAGCCACCCGUUGGGUUCCCUGUUGUCCGCCGACUGCCCAGCUUUGAUCCUUGGCGAAGAAGCUCUUCGGCAUGGAGGGGAAGGAGAACAGGUGAAGCCCGCCGGCUCGGAAGCGUGAGCGCCCGGCCCCGCGGAGCCUUCCCGAGGCAGCGAUGCCCGCGGGCAUGAACAAGCAUGGAUCUCGGUCGUCUACCUCUUUGCCUCCCGACCCCAUGGAGAUCGUUCGGAGCAAGGCCUGCUCCCGGAGGGUCAAGCUCAACGUGGGGGGGCUGGCGCAUGAAGUUCUCUGGCGAACCCUGGACAGGCUGCCCCGGACCAGGCUGGGCAAACUGAGAGACUGCAACACGCACGAGUCCCUCGUGGAGAUAUGUGACGACUAUAACCUGGAGGAGAACGAGUAUUUCUUUGACCGGCACCCCGGGGCAUUCACGUCCAUCUUGAACUUCUACCGCACGGGCAAGCUGCACAUGAUGGAGGAGAUGUGCGCCUUGUCCUUCAGCCAAGAACUGGACUACUGGGGGAUCGACGAGAUCUACCUGGAGUCCUGCUGCCAGGCCAGGUACCACCAGAAGAAAGAGCAGAUGAACGAGGAGCUGAAGAGAGAAGCCGAGACGCUGAGGGAAAGGGAAGGGGAGGAAUUUGAUAACACCUGCUGCGCCGACAAGAGGAAAAAACUCUGGGAUCUUCUAGAGAAACCCAACUCUUCAGUUGCUGCCAAGAUUUUGGCCAUCAUUUCCAUCAUGUUCAUUGUAUUAUCUACAAUAGCCUUGUCGCUUAAUACGCUUCCUGAACUACAAGGCACGGAUGAAUUUGGACAAACCACAGAUAACCCUCAGCUUGCCCAUGUGGAGGCAGUGUGCAUUGCAUGGUUUACAAUGGAAUACCUCUUGCGGUUCCUAUCCUCACCUAAGAAAUGGAAGUUUUUCAAAGGCCCCCUGAACGCUAUUGAUUUGCUAGCUAUCUUGCCCUAUUAUGUCACUAUCUUCCUCACAGAAUCAAAUAAAAGUGUACUUCAGUUCCAAAAUGUACGCAGGGUGGUUCAGAUAUUUCGUAUCAUGAGGAUACUCCGAAUUUUAAAGCUUGCCAGGCACUCAACUGGUUUACAGUCCUUGGGAUUUACACUAAGGAGGAGCUAUAAUGAGCUUGGAUUACUCAUCUUGUUUUUGGCCAUGGGCAUUAUGAUCUUUUCCAGCUUAGUUUUUUUCGCAGAAAAAGAUGAGGAUGAUACAAAAUUCAAGAGCAUCCCAGCUUCCUUCUGGUGGGCAACUAUCACCAUGACAACUGUAGGCUAUGGAGACAUCUACCCCAAAACUCUCUUAGGCAAAAUAGUUGGAGGGUUGUGCUGCAUUGCGGGGGUGCUGGUGAUUGCUCUUCCCAUCCCAAUCAUUGUAAAUAACUUCUCUGAGUUCUACAAAGAGCAGAAGAGGCAGGAGAAAGCCAUCAAGCGCAGAGAAGCUCUUGAAAGAGCAAAAAGAAAUGGCAGCAUUGUCUCCAUGAAUAUGAAGGAUGCUUUUGCCCGUAGUGUAGAACUGAUGGAUAUUGUGGUUGAAAAGAAUGGAGAAAGCACAGGCAAAAAGGAUAAAGUUCAGGACAAUCAUUUAUCCCCCAGCAAGUGGAAAUGGACCAAGAGAACACUCUCUGAAACUAGCUCCAGUAAAUCUUUUGAAACUAGGGAACAAGGAUCUCCAGAAAAGGCCCGGUCCUCUUCCAGCCCUCAGCACCUGAAUGUCCAACAGUUGGAGGACAUGUACAACAAAAUGGCAAAGACUCAGUCACAGCCAAACCUCAACACUAAAAACACAGGUCACUCUGGAAAGCAAAAAGGAGAGCUAGAAAUGGAGACCAUUCCAGGCCCUACUGUCCCUUUAUUGACCACCCGUGCUGAUGGGAUCAUUGACAUGAGGAGCAUGUCAAGCAUUGACAGUUUUAUAAGCUGUGCUACAGAUUUCCCUGACUCUGGGAAAUUCUCCCACAGUCCACUUGCUACACUUCCAUGCAAAGGAGGUGUUAAUCCAAUUCAGGAGCAAAUCAGGGCAGAGGGAAGUGGAACCAGGUUCAUGGAGAUAAACCCAAAGCCGGAAGGCAGCCAUCGCUCUACAUUUUUCAUAGAAAGCCCCAACAGUUCUGUAAAAGCCAGUAACCCUUUAAAAUUAAGAUCUCUGAAAGUCAACUUUAUGGAAGAUGACAACAGCACAUUAGUACCGGCAUCAAAUGUACUGAGACUAUAUUCAGAUGCUCUCAAGAACAGGGGAGCUGCUGCCGCUGCAGACAGUUCCUUACUCUCUGAUCGAUCUUUAGUCAGUCCAGAAACCUCUAUCUACACAACAGCAAGUGCUAGAACACCCCCAACGUCACCAGAGAAGCAGAUAGCAAUAGCUUUCAAUUUUCAUGAUGCCAGCAUACAUAAAUAUAUAGAUGCUGACACUGAUGAUGAAGGUCAGUUGCUUUAUGACUCAAGCCCGCCAGGAAAUGUAAGUCCCAAAUACAAUAUUACAGACAGUGCUUAUCUAAAGCAAAAAGAUAACACUUAUAGAAUGGAGAAGAACCAUCUAGAGAGUGCUGCUUUACCCACCUCACCGAAAUUUAUAGGGCAAAACUGCAUUUACUCCAUGGAAGGUAUCACUGGAAAAACCCAGGGCAAUCAGGAGACGGUCAGACUAGAAAAUCACAUUUCACCUGAGGUCCAUAUAUUACCAGGUGGUGGUGGACAUGCUAACACCCACGAUCAAAGCAUCUGACAUAUGCUCCAAAAAACUUGUUGAACAUUGAAAGGAAUAUCUUUACAGUCAACACAACGAACAGGAGCUUCUGCAUGGCAUGAACUUUGACUGAAGCAAGCCACUUGUUUCUAAAAUUCUGAGGGGAGGCCUGGUGUGGGUUUAUGAAAACAUCCUUCUCUGGUACAACUAUAAAGAUGUUGCCCGAUUCAUCCUACAAACAUCAAUGAAAAUAAAGAUUGCAAGUCUUGCUCACACUUUGAUCUCCUUUCAUGUCCUUCAUUGAAGUCAGCAUGACCCCCCCUGUACAAUGGAUCUCCUUUUGGAAGUGUUAACAUCUGAUUGGUGUUAUUUCCAUAGAAAAGACCAGGGCAUCCAGAUUUGAACUUUGGACCAAAUUACUGGGGUUGGUAUAAAGUUAUUAGAAACACAAUACUUGUUGCUUCAGAGCAGUUGUUCCAAAUAGCCCCAUCUGAAUCUUUCUUUCUGAUGGAUACAGUGUCUAAAGGUAACAGGGAACACUUGCAUUAUGGGUAAAUCUAAGCUUAUGUCUAUUUAAAAUAACAGUGAUCUAGAGAAAUAAAUUAUUAAAAUGCCCUGUGUGUGUUUAAUUCUUCCAGAUACUGUAGGACCUGAUGUUUUCUAUUGAAAUAUCAUCAGGGUGAGUUGCACCACUUGUAUCUAAUUUAAAAUGCUCCCUAGGUAAAGUAGUGAAACUUGCACUUACCCACUGCUAAAAUUAAUACCAAAUCUGGGGCUACAGAGGGGCUUCUAAGCCACAACCCACACUGGGGGAGUGUGAAGAGGCCGUGCAGAAGUAGGACUCUCCAGGGGCACUUUGGCUGACUCAGCCAGAAUUCUUUCAGGGUUCUGCAGGAGAAUGCACCUGAGUGAGAGCUUGACACAUUUACAGGAUGUAACAUGCUUCCUCUUACUACUAGUUCAUUACCCCAUACCGCCUAUUCUGUGCAGAAGGCAGGGACCCAGGAGCUGCCCUUUUUGGAGAGUCCAGGCAUUCUAGGCUUGUAUACUGCUUGUGUUGCAGCCUGCCCCUACACCAGAGUGUAAAGAGUGGCCGUGAUGACUCCUUGUGCCCCUCCCAUUCUGACUUCCAUAUUCACUUAGGGGUCAGCCUCAAUCUAGCUCAUAAAGUAGGAGGAGAGGGAUGAGACAGUCUGAAGCAUUUUGCACUCAGUCAAUGUUGAAUGACUAGAUAUGCAAGUGUUAACUAAAUAUGCAAAAACAGGACUUAUUUAAUUGUACACAACAGGCCUGAUUGUGCUGUCACUUCCACUGGUGAAAUCAGGAGUGACUCCAGUGAAAUCAAUGAAGUUACACUAGUGUAAAAUGGAUAUAAGUGAGAGGCAAAUCAGGUCAAGUCGCUUAAUAAUAUUCAAUCUUUUUCUUAAAAAUGACCAUUUUAAACAAAUGCAACUAACAGCAGCCAGCUUAGGUUUUAAACAUUGUCCUUCUAUAAAGUUAUUUGACUUGUGUAGAAAAUAUUUUUUUCUUUAAUUUUUAAUAUUAAAAAAAAAGCACUUUCUGUUGAGGGUUUUUUUAAAUUAUUAUUAUUUUGGGGGGGAGGGGGUUGUGUUUGAAGGUGGAAUAACAAACCAGAGUGUAAGAAUCUAGCACUUUAAAUAAGCACUAUCUUCAUUUGUGCCUCCUAUUAUGGCUGUGAUUUGUUACACACUUGUAACAAAACACAAUCCGUCCUGUGAUAACUGUGAUGGUAACACUUUAUGUUGUCUGUUUCUAUUGUAAAGCUAAACUGUAAAUAACUUAUAUCAAUAAGAGUCUGAUGCAUAUUUAUGAGUACCUGCUGUGAUGUGUAACUAUUUGCAUGCAACAGGUCUUGGUACAUAAAUAUCAAAUGUCGCUUAUAAAGAAUACUCCACAUCUCUAGGAAGAUAAACUGUCUGGGUCUGGUGCAUUUUGUUCCUUUCUAUUGCAAAAUAGCUGUUGGUUGGUCCUGAAUGUAACUGUCUGUCCACUCUAUACUAUACUUCUGUCUAUCAGUAACAAUGAAUGCAGCACGUACAGAUGAAAGCAAUAAGCACAUGUAUGUUUUAGGAAUUGUUAUGGGUUACAACUAUAGCUUUGUUAGGUCUGUACUUGGAACAGUACUGUACACAUAUUUGGAUCGAUUCUGCUCUCAGUAUCCAGAGCAAUUAUCCAGAUUACUCUCCUCAAGUUGGGUUAGAGCUUGAGGUUUUUCCUCAGCGUUUUUACUCACUUCUUAAUAAGGCUGAAUCCUGGGAAAUUUCCUGAGUGAGAAGAGAGACAGAACAAACUGAGUAAGGACCUCAAGAAUUAGCCUAGUGACAGAACAGACCUCAUUCCAUGCAAAAUGUUACACAGCAAGUACUCAAAAUAAAUAAAAGUACCUGUCCGUACAGAAGCACCUUCAGAGCACUUAUAUAGGGCCAAUUCCUGAGGGAUCGUUAGUCAGUUUUUACUCAGUCUUCACUCAAACAAAACUCAUUCAUUUGAAUGGGUGUUUUGCCUGACUAAGGACUUCAGGCUUUGGCCCAUCAUAAAUACAAGUGUACUUAGGGGAACUAAUGUAGUGUGUUGCUGAGAUACUUGUUAAGACUAAGUAAUUAUUAGAAAGUAAAGUUAAAGUGACUUUCCAGCAGAUAAAGCUUUACGUAUUGAUUGAUUCUAUGGGCUGCUAGGCCAUAGAGUGGAAAUGUGAAUUUUUAAAGAGAGCAGUCUCGGCAUAAUCUCAAUUUUUCAGUCAUCAGCCAUGUCUGCCAUCAGCACAAAUGUAAAAAAUUAAAUAAAUAAAAUUAAUUCAGGGAAAAAUAACUUUUUUUUGAUAAAGUAAAUAAUAGUGAUUUCCAAUUUAAAUAUUUUUAAAGCUGAUGCUUUCAUGUUAAAAAAGUCAUAUUUUACAUAUCAGAAAAGUGAUCAUAUUUAAAUAUAGCCAUACACUGUAGUGUUUACCACACAUUCAUUCAAAGUGAUGUAUUUGGUUUAUAGAUGGCACUGACAAAAAUGUAUAGAUUAAUAAUUGUCAUUUUUUUAAUAAAAACAACUGGUGCAACUCUCCUUGUAACCAAAGGCCCUCUCUCUCUGCCUUGUGUGAUCAAAUCUGACACACACCUCAUCUAUUUAGUCUUACCAUUAAAGUAGCAUUUUAUUAAAUCACUUUUGAAGUGGCUGUCAAAAGUAUCAUUAAAUUUCUACCUUUUAAGUCUUAAUGGCCAAAGUCCUAUAGAUUUCUUAUAGAAAGAGAAUAAUGUACAAUUAAGCAUAUAAUAUGCUUGAAGAGCAUUUCUUUCUUAUUUGUGUGUGGUGAUGUAGCUCUUAUUUUGUGCCCAGUUAAAAAUGAAAUAUGCUUAACUUAUUUUAAUGAAAUAAAGUCUGAAUAAGAAAUAUAUAUCUAUAUAUAUGUGUGUGUGUGUGUACAUAAUACAUAUAUAUAUAUGUAAGCACUGGGAAAUCUACUCUCAAGUGAAAAGCUAAGCUAGAUUGAGAGUCUGUACUCAUUACAGAAGAAAAGGCAGUGCUUUGAAAACGUAAAGCUCACCAAAUCCCAUAGGUAUUUAAAGGGCAACUUCAUUUUUACAGUUCAUUUGAUAAAUGUUUCCCUGAUCUUCUAAAAUUGGAGGGGAAAUAUGUAGUAUCUCUUGCAUCAAGCUAAAGUCUGCAGAUCAGUCGCUAAGAUCUGGCAUUCAGGUCCUUCACUGUGUAUCGUGCGUCAAGCAAGCUGAUAGAAUUUUAUCAACUGCAGCAAAGGGCAUCACAAUCGAAAGGACUGUGUGCACAUGAUGUCUGGGUUCUUGCUUGCAUCUUACGGAAUCUACAACUUUUUAAAAAUAUAUAUAUUUAUGGAAGGAAUGGAUGCAGUUUUCUUAACCAGGAGGCAAAAGAUUUUUUGACUUUUAGCUUUGUACAAAGGAAAACAACAGUAACUUAUUGUAGUAGAUUUCUCAGUGCCUUUUCUUAGAAACUUCACCUAAGCACAUUUAAGGAAAAACAAAAACAGACUCUCCUGUGAAACCCACAUUUUAUGAAAGGUUCAAGAAUCAAUAAGAGGAAAGAAGAAAGAAAAAGAAGAAAGAAUGCCAAUGGAACACAUAUUCUCUUUCUGAUCAUACUGUGUCAAAGGCCUGGGGAAUGUUAAUCUGUGCACGUCAUGUAGAAACAAACCCUACACGGUUGGUCUCUUUGGCAACUAUGGCUGUGAUAAACUGUAGCCUUUUCUUCCCUUGCAGCUAAUAUGAUAAACAUUUUUAAGGAAAAACAGUAUUCUCUUCUGUAAAAUUGUAAUGUAUUGUUAAUAUUUGUAUCUAUUGUAUAUUUAUGUUUUGACAGAAUUAUGGCUGGUACAGUUUAUAAUAAAUAACAAGGGUAUUUAAAACUCAUUACAAAGACAAGGUUGCUAAUGCCAGGUUCUCUCUGUUGAUAAGUUCUGCAUAACAUUAUCUCCAAUAGUUUUUACCAGAUUUCUCAAAAAUCCUCAUUUUAAGCAAAUAGUAGAAUUCCUGGGUAAGGCAAUGAAACAAUGGAAACUAUAUGACAUUUAUGUUGUACAAUAUAGCUCAGACAGUCAACAAAAUGAGGAGGUGGAGCAUCCCAUAUAUCUAUUUCUUUAGCAAAGCUCUCAUAUUUUAUCAAUUAUUACACUUACGGUAACCAAAAUGAACCAAACAUUAGCUUAGAUUGCUUUCGAAUCACCCAGUCAGGCAGAACAUGGCUUUAAAUAACUCUUGAUUAAAGUACAGAUGUUCUAGUUACCUCUAUACCAUUUGUUUGCCAUUGUGUUGGCUCAAUAAGUAUCUGAUGUAUGGAAAAGUUGUGUGACUUUCAUGCAUUCCAGAGUAGUCUAUUUUUCUGUUCAGAUUUUAAAUAUUAUAUGUAUAAAAUAUAAAUAUAGAUCUGUAUUUUUAGCAAAUUUAUAAUAGGGCAAACAAGUUAAAUUUCUUCUUUUUGUAUUACAGAAUAAUAUAUUAGCAGCUAUUGUUGUUCAUUUACAUAGCUGAUUUCCUGAGUGGUUUUUUUUGUUAUGUCUCUGUUCUGAGAACACCUGAAACAUCCCUCCUGAAGUAGGUCUACAAAAGGUCACAGAGUCUCUUUGAUGUCAUCAUGUAUUUGUAUUUUCCUGCUUGUGGUCCUUAAAAAAUAAACAAAACACAAGGACAGUACAUGGAAACUGAGAUGUGUUUUCUUGGAAAAAAGAGAGUAUGGGCCAGACAGUGAUCACAAGUGCAAUGGUGUAGAUUGGGAGGAGCUCCAUUGAUUUCAACCCUUUGCCUUCAGUGGAGUUUUUCCAGAUUUACAUUGCCCUGUGUGUAGAAGGGACUAGAUUUGGAAAUCACCAUCAUCAUCAUCAUUAGUGAUGGCGUCAGCUACAGAAGUUUUAGCCAUGGAGUUGGGAUAAGCACCAGAACUGAAAGUUCAGGCUCUUAUCCAACUUGAAGACCUGAUGAUGUAUUAUUAAUUCAGGUAAAGUGCCACUGAAAUUCCAAGCCCAGUGGGAGUUUGGUCUAAGUAAAGACUGCAGGGUCAAGCAAUUGUUCUGUAUUUUGAUAUUGUCACCUACAGUCCUGGGCAAAACCAAGAAUUGUGGAGAACAUGUAUUUAUCCAAAUUCCUAAAUAUACAAGUUUCAGAAAGAGACUGGAUUUGGUUUUGGUUAAGGCAAAGUUUUGUCCAUGUACUUAGUUCUUCUUAAUCAUUUUGCUGCUCCUCAAUUACAAUUUCACCUACAAUGAAACAAAAAUACAACAGAAAAACAAAUGCCUUGAAAUGUACCAUCUCAUGGCCCCAUGGGAAAUCAAUGGGGAAUUUGCCUGGAUAGCUUUGGCCCUAAAUCUAUGCAUAAAUAUUACUUUUUUGAAUUGGUCUAAAUGUUUAAACAUAAAAUUAAAAAGACGCGACUCUUUGCACAUUGGCAGUUUCUUUCCAGAGUUGAAAGUCUAGUGCAGUACCUUCUGUUAGCCCAGCUCUAUAUUUACACAGCUCUGGUCUCUUUGUGGAAUUUUCCUAUAUGCCUGCAACCCUAGAGAGCAAACCUGAAACAUGAUUUAAUUAGACAUCUGUACAUUUGACAAUGUAUAAAUGAUCAGCAAUCACAGUAUGAACAAGCUUGUAAUGACCAGCAAAGGUUGCCUUGCCCCUGAUUUAUACAUUAACAAGGCUCAGCUACCAUGAGUGGAAAUAUAUGAAUGGAAAAUGUGUGUUUCUUUUUCUGAAAGGGAGCCACACCUCCAACUAGCCAACACAAUAACCCUGCACAUCUGACAUCUACAAUCGUAUAAACUGCCCUCCAACAUGGCAUACCAAUAAAAUACUUGGUUUACUCAAUAUGUUAUGGACCAAAUUCACCACUGCAGUAAGUUGCAUUUGCUUAUUCCAGUGUUAAAUUUGACCCUCUGCUAGGUCUCCUGCAUUAGGAAAGAAUACAUCCAAAUGCCAGUCAUCUCACCAAUUAAAAGGUGAUUGUUUUCCAGCAUGUGUUUUGAAGCCAUGUACCAAUAUAAUUAGGCUUUGGGGCUUACGUUAUUUUUCUGCAAGACAAAAGAAAUCUUCUGAAAGCUAAAAGUUCAUAUUCCCCUUUGUUGCUGAUGUUACCUAAACCACCAAUAAGUGUCCUUUGACACCAAUGGUCAGGUGCCACAAUUGUUCAUAUCUGUAAAUAUGGCUCAGUUUUGCUUUUCUUGAGUCUGGCUUCAUCGCACAAUAAAUCAUGUUAGCGGCUUAGAAAAGAAUACUUUUCAUUUUAAAACAGAGCUUAAUACUAUUAUAUUGAUGGUCCCCAGGUCUGAGCAAGGAUAAACAUUUGAAAUUUUAAAGGGAUGCUUAUAACACUGCCGCUAUGCUGUAUUAAAGAAGUAAAUUUGGACUCAGUGCAAAGCCCCACUAUAUUCAGAUCUUUUUGAGAUGCCAGCAAGUAUAUUUUAGGGAAAAACUAAAGGCUUUGUGUGAUCUCAGGGAUGGAAGACACCUAUUCGAAAACCAUCUGGAUAGGGGGAGGUGAAAGGCAGUAAUAAUUAGAUGGAAGUGUGUGAAAGAGCAUGAUAAUCAUUUCAUUCAGAUUUGUUGGUUUAUGAUCAUUCUGUUAUUUCUCUUUAAAUGUGCAAGAUCAUCUUGGAUGAACUCCUGGCCCCCAUUGAAGUCAAUUAUAAAACUCACAUUGACGUCAAUGGGACUAGAUUUCACUCCAUAUUUUUAAAAUUUAUCAGGACUUUAGACAAGGACUUGUUAGUUUGUAGGAGUAGUUACCAACAGAUAUUUGUGUCACACCUUUUAGUCUCCUUGCUAAUCUGCAAUUAAGACCAAUUCUGAGCUAUGUGUGGUUAUUGUGCAGUAUUUCAAUUUUGAUCUGUCCCUGACAUAUUUCUUGUCAUUUAUCCUCCUCUAUCUUGUUUCUGAAGUACUGUUGAGCUUAUUUUGCCUCGUACACCCACUAUCUUUGUUUUAUAUUCUGUUGGUUUGAGCCCUGAGGGAUAGGACACUUAUCAGUCCUUGCCAGCUUUUUGAUGGUUGGUGUACAGAGUUGUUUUCACAAUAAAACAUUCCCUGCUGGUUUGUCAUUGGGGCAGAUCCUCCAUAUUACAUUGAACUUUGAAGCCAUGAUAAGAAGUGAUUCUCAAUACCUAAGACUAAAAGGCUGGCCACAGCUCCGAAAUUGUACCAAUUUUAACCUUUCUAUUUAUUAUUGGCAUUAGAAGAGUUUGAUCUGCUGUACUCAACAUUAACAUGGAAGAGUCCUGCUUUUUAAUCAGUCCAGUGAAGUGGUUCUUGAAUGGAGAGAAAACAUCUAAAGAUGCACUACUAUUUGUGCUCUUAAAGACAUGCCAUGUUGUAACAGACAUAUGACUAGUUAGGGAAGUUACAGCUGUCUUUCACUAUGCUAUAAAUCAUUCAGAAUUUCACAGUGCCUGCAGGGAUAGAACACAUCUCCUCCUGCUCCAAAAGCACAGGCCCUCAUCAUGUCAGCAAACACACUCUCCAUUAGCGAUAUAGGGCCUACGAGCCACAGAUGAGCAGUUCUGAUUGUAUUCAUUAGAGGGCAGUGAGGGGCAUACAAACUAGCCAGUAUGAAGGUGCAGUAAAAAUGGUACAGGUUUAAAAAAAACAACACACAUUUAAACAGUAAAGCUGGUAUUUACCAUCAAAUAAAAACUGGAAAAAAUUCCUGGGACACUCCUGGCAGAUCUGGAUGGAAUUAUAGGGAGAAAGGGCAGAGAAUAUCAAGUCUGAUGCUCCACUGCUUUACACCAUGUUUAGUCAUUUUAUACCUGUGGAAAGUGGAGGCACUAGUAAAUUAGGCCCAAAAUGUAUACGGGAGGGUAGUUGUUGCCAUACAUGUCCUCCUGCCCCAGCAGAUUCUGCACAGUCAGCAUGUGUUCAUCGUUCUACUAGAUUGGGUCACACUAAGGGCCAGCGCAUCAGAAGAUGUUUUUUCACCAUUUGAGCAAUAUCUGCUCGAGACCCUUAUGUUUUGGGGUAACUAUGAUUCAUUUAGCCAUGUACUAGUGUACUUAAGAGUCUUAAGUUUUGGGAGAGGGAGGGUUUGGUGUGGAUUUUUGUUUGUUUCUUUUUGGUCAAUAGUCCUUUGUUGAAGUUUAUUGAUCACUCCAGUUGUUUCUGUAAAAAAUAAUAUUAAAAAAAUUAAAAAAAUCAAUGUCUUUAUAUGCAUGUAGUGGUAUGAAACUGUGAUCAAUGUGUGACAUUCAGAAACUGUACUGUCUCGUAAAAUAUGUCCCAAUGUCUACAGAUUUUAAAGCAAUGGUCCCCUACUGCAGAAAUAAAU